AUGGACGGCGCGUUCGUGAGUUUCGCCGAUUGCUGCCGAUUGGCGCCAGAAGUCAGCAGACAACUCAACAAGUUCCUAUUAGGUGCCGACGAUGGCGGACGUCGUCAGCCAUCAUCAUCGGAGCGCACGAAUCGCUUCUACGCCGACACCGAAGACGCCGGCGACGUCGACAAAUGGGACGAUUGGGAGGGCAACGAUGCGAACAUUGAGAAACGCGACGAAAAUCCGACCGAAUGGCUCGCCCAGUGUAUUCUUCGCACAUUCGCCGACGGCGAAUACCUGCUAAUCGCCUACUACUCGAGAUUCGCGGUUCUUGAAAAGAAUCCAAUUGACAAUAACUAUCGAAUCGUUUGCAAGACAUUCAUCGAUUCCGAUUCGAUCACGUCGGCCGCUCUAUUCGGCCUCUCGAAUGCGCGCCAUUCCGAUUCGCUGGAUUGUGUGAUCGCCGCGCUCGGCACCGCCGACGGUCACGUCUAUUUCUACACGCAAAACGGCGCGUUGAUAUUCUACGAGCGUUUCUCGCUUCACGAGCCGGUGGCGAGCCUCCAAUUCGAGUGUUGCCGCGAGUCGCAAGUGCUGUUGGUCGUGUUCGCGCGAACAUUUUUUGUGAUCAACGCGAUCUCGUUGAAUUCGACGCUUCAUCAGGCGAAAUCUAAGAUAGCCAAAGGCGAGCAGAAUGUGCACGAGCUCGCCGAGACACUUGAAUUGCAAUUCGAUCAUUUGAUGCCCGAUGUUGAUAGUGAUCUCCUCCACGUCGUCUACACCGGCCAAUAUCAGCCGUCGACAUUCGAGCAGUACGUCGCCGCUUCAUGGCGCUCGUUUCACGCGCGCGUCGAGCGUCCGUCGCUUCCAAACUAUUCGACGUUCCUCGUCACCACCGAGCGCACGUUCGUCGCGUUCGUCUGGCACGAUCGACAGCCGGCCGAUCAAAUUUGGAACGAGGCGCUCAAAUACGGCAAAUCGCUUCUGCCGAGUUUCGGCCUUCGCAAAUAUUUGGGCGGUAUCAUCGCGGCGGGACCCGCGACGAAAACGUUGGCGCAUUUGAGCGCGGCGACGAGCGCGCCGAUUCGAAGUCGAAUAUUGGAUCAGCGUGUCGCGCGGGCGGUCGCACGAUCGCCGGACUCGCGAUAUGUCGCGAUUACCGACGCGACGGCGCGUGUUGUUCUCGUCGACGUCCUGCAACGAACGAUCGUUCUGAUUCAUAAAGGCUAUCGUGACGCGGUGGUCUCGUGGAGUUCUGUGACUGAAGGCAACCGUGGCACCCAAUUCCUAGUGAUCUACGCGCCAAGAAGGGCCUUGAUUGAGAUAUGGACCAUAAUAGGGAAUAGUCGGGUGUUCGCGAAGCAUGUCAACGACGGCUGUCUGAUUCUCGCCGGCGGCGAAUCGCGCACCUUAUGCGGUCGAUACUCGUUUCAGCAGACGAGCUCGACGAUGUUCGUCGAUGAGCAAGGCAACUUCCAAACGAUUGUCGUGCCGUUCUAUUUGGCGUUGAACACGCGCGCGAAUCAGGAUCAACACGAUCAGAUGCUUCUCAAGACGAUCGAGAACUAUUCGGCGCAUUCGGCGGAAUGGCGCGACGCGUUUGCCAACUUCAAAGUGCCGUCGACGCGAUGUCGCGCGUUCAAACUCGCGUUGAAGGCGUUGGCGACGCCCGACGAGGCUCGCCGAUUCUUGGAAUCGAUUUGCGAUUUGCCGGCGUCGCGAUGCCUUGGAAAAGCGCUCGAAAAUCUCGACGACUCGAUUCGAUUGUACGAAAAAAUUGUGGCGCGACGACCGCGCGAUUUCGAAUCGCCGCCGCCGACGACGACAUCGACGUAUUGCGAUGUCGAUCAACUCGUCGAGCGCAUUCUCGCGUGCCACCUUCAAUUCUUCAAUCGCACCACAUCAACGGCGUCGUCGAUUCAUCGAAAUUCGAUGAGUUUCGGCGAGUUUCUCGAGUUGCGCGACGUGUUCGCCACGGAGCGCGAUUGCAACAUUCUCGAAAACGUGCGAAACGAUGCGGAGACGGCGAGAAUUGGCGCGUUCGUGUUGUCGCGUCUACUCGUCGUCGAAGAGACGCCAAUCGAUUGUCAAGACUUCGACGAGCUCAUCAUCUCGAAAUUAGGCAUCGACGAUGAGAGCUGCACGAGAAUGCUCGUGCUCACUGUGCCACAAUAUUGUUUGAAUUUCACAAUUUUUGACAGACUUGUCAAAUUUUUGAUAAUUUUGAAAAAUCGCAAAAACGCGAAUGUUACUGAGAUACUCGACGAUAUGGCGGUUCACUUAUCGGACAUUAGUCUCGCGAUAAUCGUGCUCACCAUCUCGUGGCUCGUCAAAUUGCACACGACGAGCGCCGACGAGGAGGAGUCGUUGGAGAAGGCGGCCGCGUCCGAAUGGGAGACGGUGCGGCCCGAUUUGGAGCAUCACGAUAGUCUGAUGUUGUGCCUGCACACGGCGUGCCUCGCGAAUCAGCUGAUCGACAAUCACGGGCGAACCGUCAUCGACAUCAUCGGCCACAUCGAGUCGUUCUGUCGGGAAUCGGUCGCUCGAUGGUUGAUUCGAGAAGAAUUUGAUCUGGCGCGCAUCGACAAAACGUUUCCGUUGGAUCCGACGGUGGUUCUCGGCGAUGACGACGAUAUGGAGGAGAUCAAGAAGCGGAUGACGAUUGACGUGCCCGAGAAUUGCGGCGAGGCUCUCGAUCGAAUGCUCCAGAUUCUGCCGAGAACGUUCGAGCACGAUCUUGUCGUUGCCGACGUCUGUUGGGAGUUGAUGACGAUGUGGUUCAAAGACAAAAAUGCGAAUCAUCACCUGAUUGAGAAAUGCGUCGAGUUUCUACGCCAAUCGAUUUUCGACGCCCAAUUACGACACGGUUUGAGCCGUCUGAUUUGGGACAAAUUCCUCGCGACACCGUUUGAGUGUCUCGUCAAGCUCGUCGACAAAUCGGGACGUUCGCCAACGGAUCGCGACUCGCUCAAUGACGUCGGUUUCGGCGAGAAGUUCGUCGUCGAAUUUCUUGUGCAAUGCGAGCGACUGCUCACAAUCAUGAUGGAAUCGGUGCGCGAUCUUGUCGUCGGCGGUCGCACCUACGCCCACGAUCAUUUGGUGGAGGCGAUGGCGAAAUCGCGCAACGACCAAUUGGUGCAGAUCGCGUGCAAGCAGACGCCCGCCAAUUAUCACCUCGUCCUUCAUCACUAUCAGCUCGCGUUGGCGCUUCGCCUACAAUUAGCCGCCGGCGUUCGCCUCCACACCCUUCAGUCGUUGUUCUGCGCCGCCGGCGUUCGCGCCUUCUUUGUUCGCCUCGACUCGCAUCCGCUGAUUCCGCUUGAUCAAGUCGACGAGUCGGUGCUCGAGAAGCGUUUCAAGUUCCUCACCAAGAUCGCCGAGCAUGGUUCGGAGGCUGAACGAAAAGCGGCGAAAAAGUUGGAGCUCGAAUGGAAUCUAACCGUCAACUCGAUUGCGCUAAUGCAAGCGAUUUCGUCGUAUCGGAUCGGCAACGACGCGAGCGGCGCGAAAGAGCUUCUGAGUUGUGUUCGCGAUGAGCGAGCGGCGACUAGUCUAGCGCAUCUGCUCGCCGCGCGAAUCCUGCGGCUCGCCGUCGAGGAGAACACGAGAAUGACGCCGAAGCACACCAAUUACCUUCAGGCGAUGGCCGGCGAGGAGACGUCGCGCGUCGAGUUGGCCGACGACGACGGCGGCGGCGGCGCGAAUCCGACGAACUGGCGCGAUUCGGUGAUGUCGUUGGGCCGCGCGGCGAUGCCGUUCGCCGUCAGCCCGCAAUCCGCCACGCCGUUCAUCAAGCUCAACGAUAUUUGUCGGCAAUACUGGGCGAUUCAAUGGGUCGAUUAA